UCUCCUCCCGCCCCAACUGCUGCCAUCCCAGCCCCUGCCAGCCAGGUGGUGGCAGCACAAAGCGGCUCAAGUGGUGAGGAAGGCCUGGGGCGGGGCUGGGGGCCCAUCAGACCUCCACCAGAGAACCUCUUGCGAGAACCUCUUGUCCGGCCCUCCAACCCUCCCAUCCCAGCUGAGCCCCUCACUACCCGCCUCCAGCUCUCCAGCUGUGUUGGGACAGGACUGGCUUGUUUUGCUCAUCGAACAGGGCACCCUCUGAAAUGACUGCACUGAUCUGAGUCCUUGUUGGCAUUCUGCCUCCUCCUGCAUGGGGACCUUGUCUGUGUCCCCCUGUGUCCCAGGCUGGCGUGGGAUCCUGGGGCAGAGUCCAGGGCGGCUCAAGGCUCCUCCACACGCACCCGCUGAUCCCGGAGCACCCUGAGCCGCCAAGAUGGGGCGGGCCAGGGCGGCCGCCAUGAUCCCGGGCCUGGCCCUGCUCUGCGCGGCAGUGCUGGGGGAUGCUAACCCCAGCUCCCCGCGCCUUCGGCUCUCCUUCCAAGAGCUCCAGGCCCGGCACGGUCUCCGGACCUUCAGGCUAGAGAGGACCUGCUGUUACGAAGCUUUGCUGGUGGAUGAGGAAAGAGGACGCCUGUUUGUGGGCGCUGAGAACCAUGUGGCCUCCCUCAGUCUGGACAAUAUCAGCAAGCGGGCCAAGAAGCUGGCCUGGCCGGCCCCCGUGGAAUGGCGAGAGGAGUGCAACUGGGCGGGGAAGGACAUUGGUACUGAGUGCAUGAACUUCGUGAAGUUGCUGCAUGCCUACAACCACACCCACUUGCUGGCCUGUGGCACAGGGGCCUUCCACCCAACCUGUGCAUUUGUGGAGGUGGGCCACCGGCUGGAGGAGCCCAUGCUCCGGCUGGACCUUCGACGGCUAGAGGACGGCAAGGGCAAGAGUCCUUAUGACCCGAGGCAUCGGGCUGCCUCCGUGCUGGUGGGAGAAGAACUAUACUCAGGGGUGGCUGCAGACCUCAUGGGCCGGGACUUCACCAUCUUCCGCAGCCUGGGCCAGCGUCCAAGUCUCCGGACAGAACCACAUGACUCCCGCUGGCUCAACGAGCCCAAGUUUGUCAAGGUCUUUUGGAUCCCGGAGAGCGAGAAUCCCGACGAUGACAAAGUCUACUUCUUCUUCCGGGAGUCGGCAGUGGAGGCUGCACCAGCGCUGGGACGCCUGUCUGUGUCCCGUGUCGGCCAGAUCUGUCGGAAUGACGUGGGCGGCCAGCGCAGCCUGGUCAACAAGUGGACCACGUUCCUGAAGGCGCGUCUGGUGUGCUCUGUGCCAGGUGUCGAGGGUGACACGCACUUCGACCAGCUCCAGGAUGUGUUCCUGCUGUCCUUGAGGGACCGCUGGAGCCCGCUGCUCUAUGCCGCCUUCUCCACAUCCAGCACCAUCUUGCGAGGCUCUGCAGUGUGCGUGUACAGCAUGAACGAUGUGCGCCGUGCCUUCCUGGGGCCCUUUGCACACAAGGAAGGGCCCCUGCACCAGUGGGUGUCCUAUCAGGGCCGUGUCCCCUACCCCCGGCCAGGCAUGUGCCCUAGCAAGACCUUUGGCACCUUCAGUUCUACCAAGGACUUUCCUGAUGACGUCAUUCAGUUUGCCCGGAACCACCCCCUCAUGUACAAUUCGGUCCUGCCCGUGGGUGGGCGCCCUCUCUUCCUACAAGUGGGUGCCGGGUACACCUUCACCCAGAUCACUGCAGACCGUGUGGCAGCUGCUGACGGACACUACGACGUCCUCUUCAUUGGCACAGAUGUUGGCACAGUGCUGAAGGUGAUCUCAGUCCCCAAGGGCGGCCGGCCUAACGGGGAGGGGCUGCUCUUGGAGGAGCUGCACGUGUUUGAGGACUCGGCUGCUAUCACCAGCAUGCAAAUCUCUUCCAAGAGACACCAGCUGUACGUAGCCUCGCGGAGCGCGGUGGCCCAGAUCCCCUUGCACCGCUGUGCUGCCCACGGCCGCGCCUGCGCCGAAUGCUGCCUGGCGCGUGACCCUUACUGCGCCUGGGACGGGGCCGCGUGCACGCGCUUCCAGCCCAGCGCUAAAAGGCGGUUUCGGCGGCAAGACGUGAAGAACGGAGACCCCAGUACGCUGUGCUCAGGGGACGCGUCCCAUCCCACAUUGCUGGAGCGGAAGGUGUUCGGUGUGGAAGGCGGCAGCGUCUUCCUGGAGUGUGAGCCCCGCUCGCUGCAGGCACGCGUGGAAUGGACCUUCCAGAGCGCAGGGGGGGCGGCCCGCACCCAGGUGGCUGUGGAGGAGCGCGCCGAGCGCCUGACGCGGGGGCUGCUGCUGCGCGGGCUGCGGCGCGGGGAUUCAGGCGUGUACCUGUGCGCAGCUGUGGAGCAGGGCUUUUCGCAGCCGCUGCGUCGCCUGGCGCUACACGUGCUGAGCGCCGCGCAGGCCGAAAGGCUGGCCCGGGCCGAGGAGGCUGCGCCCGUCGCCCCUCCGGGCCCCAAGCUCUGGUACCGGGACUUCCUGCAGCUGGUGGAGCCGGGCGGCGGUGGCGCUAGCUCCCUGCGAAUGUGUCGUCUGCAGCCCGAGUCGCGCCCACCGCCUCCCGAGUCGCGGAGGAAGGGCAGAAACCGCCGAAGGCACGCCCCCGAGCCGCGCGCUGAGCGGGGGCCCCGCAGCGCCGCGCGCUGGUGACUCGGCCUCCAAGCUGGAUACAGGGAAGGAGACUCCAGGCGGGAGCGGGAGGGCGGACCCUGGGGGACGCACGGCUAGGGGACCCGGCACGCUGGUCCCUGGCCGAUGGAGAGACCGACCGACCGACAGGCCCUGGCCGCGGGGCUGCCUCGCCGGCUUAUUUAUUAACAGGAUAACCCUUGAAUGUAGCGCUGGGAGGGGCGGCCCAGGCCGGGCACAGGGUCCUGCUCAUCGCGAGGAGGCAGAGAAGCAGGGCUCCAGAGCAACGACCUGGGCGGAGGGGGUGCCCGGAGUGCCCAUCCCGGGGGAAGGCCCUCCUCCCUGGGCAAUGAGCAGAAAGCUGUGAACAGGCUGAGCGGUGGGGGGUGGCGUGGGGCAGGCCGAUUGUACUAAUGCAAUAAACACAUUAUCAGCCGAAGCUGGAACGGCUCCAGCGCACAAC